UCUGGCAGUUUCCCUCUGUUCUUCAUCUCCUCCGUAACCCGCUGGUGAGAACGACUGACUAUGGUUUCUGCCCCGACCGGGAAUACACCAAGGAACAACACAUCUUUGAGAAUGAAUGGAUUAUAUGCCGGCCUCGGGGUCAGAAAUGACCAUCCACUCGCGGAGGUGCGCGCUGUAGGUUCAGGGUAGAAUGCGAAAUUGAUGUAGGCUCAAGCUUAGACAAUUGGCAUCCCAGCUUCGUCAAUAACAGCUCGUGGGUACCGAACCAUUCUAAUUUCAUUUUCUACCAUAGCGCAUUGAGGAUAUCAGUUAUUUUUUGUCGUUUAUUUUGACAUUUCCCCCCUUCUCGUUGCGCAGUUAAAUGUCUCGGCUGAGACAGGAUUCGCGUCAUGCUUCGCGUCAUGCUAUUUAUGGGAUUUGUAUUUUCUUCUCCACGUAAAGACCAACAGCUCAGAGGCAUAUGAAAGAGAUGUGACACGGAUUCCACACAUCGAAGGAGGGGGCUGCUAAGAGAAGAAUAUGAAAAAGCAAGACAUUAGAGAGACCAUCCAUUUUGUGUCUGGAGAAGAUUUUGAGGAAGGUGACACUGGGAUAGGCAUAAUUAUAGAAACAGGAGCCUCUGAAUAUACAUUCAUCGACAUGGGAGCACCCAGCUGUGAAAAUACAUGUUGGGCCUAUUAGUCGUAUGAUUACAAUGACUAGGCCUAUAUGACAAUGGCUGGAUCAUGUCCAAUAAAACAUCAUUACAUUUGAUUCCAUCUUGUCGGGAAAAAUACAAUAGGAAAAGAUGACCCAGAAAUCGUGAUGACCCUGUCAUCCACCAGUACCUUCAGCUUCAUGUUAUAAUGUGGAGUGGCUGCGGGAGAAUAUAAACUAAAUUGUACAUAAAUAUCCUCGAUUUGUAGGCCUAUUUCAUAAUGUAACAACUUCCUUUUGCAUAUUUAUUUCAAGGUAAACGUUGAAUUAUUGUCUGUUGGGGGCGUAUCCAUUCCAAGUGUCAAAUGAAAUGAAUAUCGGACAUUGGAAUUUGACAGUAAAGGGAGCAACCUCGAUAUAAUUGAGGCUAAUGUUUAUAAUCCAAGGACAUAUCCGAUGGCAAACAGAAAAUAAGUAGGUCUAUAGCUGUCAUAUGAACAAAUGGCCUCCCAAUGCUCAAGUGAAUGAUGGUCUCUAUUCCCAAUCUUAUUUGUACACCCUCCACUAAUUUCUGGAUUCAAAAUGUAUUACCCCGAAUGGAAACCAUAUGUGGCCCACUUGAUUUGAAACAAGUGUUGUUUUUUCUCCCAUUGCUGAACAUGCUGAACAAACUGCUUUUCAAACGCAGACAAUAGUCUUACUGUCAAGUGCGAAAAUAUUUUUUGAUGCUUAUAGUCAGAUUUUUUGUGAGUGACAUUAACAGAGGUGGAAUUGAUGACACAUAUCUUGACACCGUUGUUGUCCUCUGGGGAUAUUGCACGGUACAAGCCAGGAGCACUACCAGAGUCACAGGCCAGGAGCACUACCAGAGUCACAGGCCGGGAGCACUACCAGAGUCACAGGCCAGGAGCACUACCAGAGUCACAGGCCAGGAGCACUACCAGAGUCACAGGCCAGGAGCACUGCCAGAGUCACAGGCCAGGAGCACUACCAGAGUCACAGGCCAGGAGCACUACCAGAGUCACAGGCCAGGAGCACUACCAGAGUCACAGGCCAGGAGCACUACCAGAGUCACAGGCCAGGAGCACUACCAGAGUCACAGGCCAGGAGCACUACCAGAGUCACAGGCCAGGAGCACUACCAGAGUCACAGGCCAGGAGCACUACCAGAGUCACAGGCCAGGAGCACUACCAGAGUCACAGGCCAGGAGCACUGCCAGAGUCACAGGCCAGGAGCACUACCAGAGUCACAGGCCAGGAGCACUGCCAGAGUCACAGGCCAGGAGCACUACCAGAGUCACAGGCCAGGAGCACUACCAGAGUCACAGGCCAGGAGCACUACCAGAGUCACAGGCCAGGAGCACUGCCAGAGUCACAGGCCAGGAGCACUGCCAGAGUCACAGGCCAGGAGCACUGCCAGAGUCACAGGCCAGGAGCACUACCAGAGUCACAGGCCAGGAGCACUGCCAGAGUCACAGGCCAGGAGCACUGCCAGAGUCACAGGCCAGGAGCACUACCAGAGUCACAGGCCAGGAGCACUGCCAGAGUCACAGGCCAGGAGCACUACCAGAGUCACUGGGAAUUGACACUGUUGUUGUACUCUGGGGAUAUUGCACGGUACAGGCCAGGAGCACUACCAGAGUCACAGGCCAGGAGCACUACCAGAGUCACAGGCCAGGAGCACUACCAGAGUCACUGGGAAUUCGACACAAUUCAAGUGCAAGUUCAAGUUUUUGUCUGUUUCGCUCAAAAUGUGGAGAGUUGUAUUGUAGGAGUGGCUCACGACAGAAGAAGAACAAGAAAUGGAGAUGAAUCCGAGAAUGUGAUGAUGAUGCUGGAUACACAGAAUGCGACCCAUGAGAUUGGUGAGGAGGUGGAGGACGGGGUGGUAUACACCAUCACCCUGCGGAAGGUGCAGAUGCUCCACCACCGCCACCACGUUGGUGGCAGCGGGGCCGUUAAGGGCCAACGCUGGCUAGGUGUGGACGCAUCGCUCAGCCUGUAUGAGACGUGCAAGGUGCGCACCAUCAAGGCAGGCACGCUGGAGAAGCUGGUGGAGUACAUGGUGGCGGCGUUCCGGGGCAACGACUCCACCUACGUUACCAUCUUCCUCUGCACCUACCGCUCCUUCGCCUCCACCAAGCAGGUCCUGGACCUGCUGCUCAACAGGUAUGCCAAGCUCCAGCACCUGCCUGGCUCAGAGGGCCACAGACUGACUCAUGAUGAUCGCACAGAUCUGAGGAACACAAUAUCCUCCAUCUUGGGGGCAUGGCUUGACCAGUACUCUGAGGACUUCUGGAAUCCUCCGGAGUACAGCUGCCUGCGACGUCUCAUCUCCUACCUACACCUCAACUUCCCGGGAUCGGACCUGGAACGCCGCGCCUGCAACCUCCUGGCCCACUUCCACCGCCGGCAGCUCCAAGAGCCCGAGAGUGAGUUGCUGGAUCAUGGCAGCUAUCCCUUCACCUUAUUGGAGGAGAAUGGCUACGAGGAUGACCGACUGGACUUUCUGAACUUUGACCCGGCAGUGGUGGCCGAGCAGUUCACCCUCAUGGACGCGGAGCUCUUUAAGAAGGUGGUCCCCUACCACUGUCUGGGGAGUAUCUGGUCGCACCGGGACAAGAAGGGCAAGGAGCAUCUGGCACCCACCAUCCGUGCCACUGUCACACAGUUCAACUGCGUCACCAACUGUGUCAUCGCCACCUGCUUGAGCGAGCGUUUGCUCAAACCUACACAGCGGGCCAAACUGGUGGAGCGCUGGAUCGAAGUGGCCAGGGAGUGUCGAAUCCUGAAGAAUUUUUCUUCGCUACGGGCCAUCCUUUCGGCUCUGCAGUGCAACCCGGUCCACCGGCUGAAGAGGACGUGGGAUGAGGUGUCCAGGGAAAACUUUCGCAUCUUCCACGAGUUGUCAGAAAUCUUCUCAGACGAAAAUAACCAUUCGCUCAGCAGAGAGCUGCUCAUCAAGGAGGGCACGUCCAAAUUUGCCACCCUGGAAAUAAACCCCAAACGAGCCCAGAAGAGACAGCAGCAGCCCCGAGACCUGAGUGUGAUGCAGGGGACCAUUCCCUACCUGGGUACUUUCCUGACAGACCUAGUCAUGAUGGAUACUGCCAUGAAGGACUACCUGGACGGAGGGCUGAUACAUUUUGAGAAGAGGAGGAAGGAGUUUGAGGUGAUUGCCCAGAUCAAGCUUCUGCAGCUGGCCUGCAACAAUUAUAACUUCACCCGCAACAAGCGUUUCCGACAGUGGUUCUCCGGUGUGGACAAACUCACUGAGGCCGAGAGCUACAGUCAGUCGUGUGAGAUCGAGCCGCUGUCGGCGUCGGCCUCAAAUACUCUGAAGAAGAAGAACACAGGAAUCAUCAAACGCUGGAGCGAUCGCCAGCCGGCCAGCUUGGAGCCAGGCUACUGCAGUGCGGGCAGCUCUCACUCCAAGUCCUUUGAGCAGCUGCGCUACGCCCCCUGCUUGGGGGGCUCAAGUGGAGGUGGAAGGGGUGACGGAGCAGACUCCCUGAGUGUCACCUCAGCUGGCUCCGGCAGCUCCGACGUCGAGGAGAUAAAUAUCAGCUUCAUCUCCGACUCGCCUGAUGCCCACGAGCGAAAGAGCUCCACGCCUUCCGUAAAACAUGCCAAUUCCACGUUAGGGAAGUGCGGCCCCUUGCCUGACCUGGCACCCACGUUCUGGGAGUCCACUUCUCUGUCCUCCUUGGACGCCUCUGGUGUGGGAUCUGGCUCGGGCUCCAGCAGCGCCUCCUCCUCCUCCAUGUCCUCCACGCCCGUGGUAGGGGCCGGCUCCCGCUCGCACAAGCGCUCCGUGUCGGGUGUGUCCAACUACUCGUCGCUGUCACUGCCCCUCUACAACCAGCAGGUGGACGAUUGCUGCAUCAUCCGGGUCAGCCUGGACGUGGACAACGGCAACAUGUACAAGAGCAUCUUGGUGACCAGUCAGGACAAGACGCCGGCGGUGAUCAGGAAGGCCAUGGUGAAACACAACCUGGACCGGGAGAGAGCGGAGGACUACGAACUGCUGCAGAAGAUCUCUGAGGAGAAAGAGCUGAAGAUUCCAGACAAUGCCAACGUUUUCUAUGCCAUGAACUCCUCGGCCAACUACGACUUUGUCCUGAAGAAACGUGGCUUCCCCAAGGUGGGCCGGACCAAGCAUGUGGCCAGCUCCACACUGCCGCGCAUGAAGCAGAACGGCCUGAAAAUCGGCAAGGGCAUCUUCUGAGGGGCUACACCAUGUCCUCGCCCACCUCCCGCUUCCUGCUGGGCUCUCUGGGUGCCACCUUUUAGUACCACCCUUGAUGUACCAUGGUAGAGGGGCCAGCCGCCAGCUCGGUCUUGUGUUCGGCGUCUGAGUGUCAAAGCCUCAGAGGACUAAUACAGCUGAGUGGGAUGGAAAGCCAAUGAACUUGCACAAAUCACUUCCUGUUAGCUUCAGCUCUCUGUGGACGUCCUAAUCGAUAGUGAGCACUCAAGAAGGAAAACUGAGGGAAAAUGGUAACUGUAUUUUAUCCAGGUGCGUCUGAAAAUGCCUUCCCUCUAAAGGAGUUACACUCCCUGUCAUUUCUACAGAACUCUCCCUCAGCCGAUGCAGUGUGUGUGUGUGUGUGUGUGUGUGUGUGUGUGUGUGUGUGUGUGUGUGUGUGUGUGUGUGUGUGUGUGUGUGUGUGUGUGUGUGUGUGUGUGUGUGUGUGUGUGUGUGUGUGUGUGUGUGUGUGUGUGUGUGUGUGUGUGUGUGUGUGUGUGUGUGUGUGUGUGUGUGUGUGUAAAGUAUUCAAGCACUCAGAGAGAGAUGGACAGAGAUGGAUGUUGUGAAAUGAAAUGUGGUCUUUAAAUGUCUAGUCUUUUUGUUCUAUGUAGUGUAAAGGAAAAAAAGAAGAAUGAAACUGGA